CUAGUGCGCGGGGGGUUGAACUUGGCGCGGACACCUAAAUGAAAUAUCUGCCGGCGGAGGCCGUCGCAGUCGCUCGUUGAACUUGAACCAGAAAGCAUCAUGCUGAGGACGACGUUCGUGGUAUUGUUGGUGGUUGGGAUGGCGGUGGCUGGGCCGUUGAUUCGGACGAACAGGAGUGAGAAUGAAACUUCGAGUGUCGCACCGACGAACGAGGUCGUGACGGAUUCGUCCAGCUCGGUGGCACCGGAAGUUACGGCGGAGACAUCGACGGCUACGGCUGAAGCUUCGACGACGACUGCGGCGGCGGUGACGAGCAAGCCAAGGAAGACGAUCACGUUCGAUCAGCGUCAGCAGGGCAAGUUCAACAUCCGUGCUGAUUUGGAGAACUUUGUGAUCGUGGUGGUGCCGUCUUCUCCAUCGGCUGGGAUUUCGCUGUUGGAUCUGCUGAACCGUUCCGGACAGAAGGGAGCCCUGCAGAAGAAGAAGUCAGCCCAUCGCAAGGGGGUCAAGCAUCACGGAGCUCAGAAGAAGGCGCAUCACACGACGACCCCGGAGGUGGUUGUUCUGGACGAAUCUCACGGUCGCGUUGACAACGAGGAGUUCAUCGAGGGUCGCACCCCGUACAGGGUGGACAUUUCAGCCCGGAGCAACGACGUCCCAACGGCCGACAUGCCGUCGCCGAUCUACCGCGUAAUGAGGCCACUCAACUACGAACAACCCGCGGCGUCCAACAUGAUCCGCUUCCCGUCCCCGUCCUCCUCCUCCUCGUCAGGUAAUUAUUUCGAAGAUGGUGAUGGUAGUACGGUAGAACGGCAGGCCAAAGCUCUGGCCCCCGGCGCGGAAAGGUUCGACGAGAUUAGAACUAAUACCGUGUACGCUAUACUAACCAACAAUAACAACAACAACAACAACCAUGGUGGUGAUGGGAUGAUCGGAGCCGAUGAAGACGACGAAGAUAAAUACCUGACGUACGCCCAAGAACGGACGUACCUCGACUUACCGCCCUUUCAUCCCGCUUCUUCGUUCGAUAGCCUAGACGACGGCGAGUACCCGCGGUCGGACGUCGACAUGGCGAAGCUGCAACUGCAACAACAGGGUGACGACUACCCGACGCUGAAGCUACUCGGCGCCCAGGAGCAGUGCGGACCCGACCGCAAGCGGGACAGCUACGGCGUGUGCCAAUUCGUGACGCCGUAACGCCGCUAUGCCACACAAAAUUUAGCCCCUAAGACACGCGUAUUUAUUUUAAUUUAUUGUAAAAGCCUCGAUUUUCUAAGUGCCAAAUAAAGAAAAACUGAAAUCUCAAUGAAA